UAGAGGACAAAAAUGUCAUUUUACAUCAUUCACAAUCGCACAGCUUUGGUCCCAGAAUGUGACAUUUUGAUGCUUUUCUCAUCAGCAGAAACUCACAGACAUGAGGGCAAACUUAAAAAACAAAACUAAAAAAUAAAAGCAGGGAGUGGCAGGAAAAUAUAGGAAAAAAGGGAAUGCAAUGUUUCCGCGGUCAAACCUGCUUUGAUUCAGGAUUUACAGGAAAAGUUAUUUGUAGUUCUAAAGGAUGAAUGAACUACAGCAUCGGGUUCAUAGCCUGCUGUAGAUUUCUGCUAUUGGGUCACUUCCCAGCAAGAUAAGCAAUUCAAAGAAUGAAAGAGCCUGUUGAGGUUCAACUGGAAAAACCUUUCACCAGGGGUGGGGGGCCUUCCACACAAAGCAACCUUGACUUCCCUCCUCCGCUGGUUUCGCAACCCUUCCCAGGAGCUCUGUGAACACCAGCUUUAAAAGGUGGAGACUGGGAUUUGCUUCAGACCUCUCUGUGAGGUCAGGUACGCAGAUUCUCUGAAACUUUUCUUUUCCGACAGUCUUCUGGAGCCAUGAAGCUUCGCCUGCACUUUGUGGUGGACCCAAUGGGCUGGUUGUGUAUCAGUCUUGUGUUUGGGAUCUGGUUUUACAACACUUUGUUCGUUCCCAAGUUGGUUCUGCUCCCUCACUAUGAUGAAGGACAUAUUCCGUGGGCCUUAGUUGUUUGUUACUACAUAGCAUCAGCGCUCUGCUUGAUGGCGUUGGUCAGAGCUUCCACUGCAGACCCCGGCCGGCUUCCCGUGGACCCGCACAUACCUCACUCCGAGAGGGAGCAGUGGGAGCUGUGCAAUAAGUGCAACCUCAUGAGACCCAAAAGGUCGCAUCACUGCAGUCGAUGUGGUCACUGUGUGCGCAGGAUGGACCAUCACUGUCCCUGGAUUAACAACUGUGUGGGAGAAGACAACCACUGGCUCUUCCUGCAGCUGUGCUUCUACGCUCAGGUCCUCAGUUUCUUCACUCUAGUGCUGGAUUUCUGCCAGUACUACUAUUUCCAGCCGCUGACCCGGCUCGACCAGGAAAAGUUUACCACGCAACACGAGCUGGCGCUGCUCAGAGUCUCCGCCCUCAUGGGCGUGGUCAUGCUUGCCGGCAUGUCCAGCUUGUUUUACACUCAGAUGGCAGGGAUCCUCUCAGAUAUGACCACCAUUGAAAAAAUGUCUCACUUCUCCAAUGAAACGUUUGGCACGAAGCGGUCCUGGCAGUGGGCUCUGGCUGAAGUUUGCGGCACGCGCUGGAAGCUGCUGUGGCUCCUCCCGCUCCGAAGCAGAAAGCCGCUUCUUGCCAGCCACGCUUCCCGGUCCCUCUUGUAACUCCACGGUGUCCAUCGCCUGCACAGGUGAUGGAUGGUGGUAGCUGCUGCGGCGAAACACGACACACUCCCUCCACAGUGUUUCAUGCUGGUUUUUAGCGGACAGUUCGACCUUCUCUUUAGUUUUUUUGUUUGUUUGUUUUAUUUUUGCUCAGACCAGCUGUAAUCAGGGUCUUUCAAACGAUUGCUUUGAAUGUUUUCCUCACUGUGACGCCUGAUCUCCACACUGAAAGCCUCUCCAACAGCUGUUUGCUCCAGAAGAACAAAAAUCUUCACCUGACAGCAGCGGAUCACUCUCAGGUUAUGAAGAGUCUACAGACCUUUACUCCCCUCCUGACUUACAAGGGUACCAUUUCUUUUUAUUGUGCCUUGUUUCUUUUAAUCUUUUUUUAUUUUAUUUAUGUAGCAUAUUUUUAAACUGUUUUUUAGCCUUUUCUGCGGUUGGGUUUACUUAAUUUCUAAAGGGAAGGAAUGUUUUUUAAGCUGAUUGUGCUGAUUUUAAGAUCAGAAGAAACGGCUGUGCACUGGCCUUUUCCAAAAAUCAAGGGCGGAUCUAAGUGUUUUUAGACUUUGGGACAUAGGUUAUCAGCUUAAUCAAAUGUCAAAUUGUGUCUUUAAUCGCAAGUGUAAUCUGUCUGUUGUGGUAUUUGAGUUUCCUCACAUUUGCUGCUUUUGAUAGGGCAGCAACCAUUGUAUUUUCCUCAAAUCUAUCAACCAUAGCACUUAAAAUCACUAUAUCUUGAAUAUAUGUCAUUUUUAUUUUUUAUUAGCGGUUGUUAUUGCCUCAUCGUAUGACUUAAUAAACCCACCUUUUUGUCCAAACACUGGCAGAAAAGUUCAAACACUGUUUUACUAGAAACUUUUGAGAGUUAGCUGAUGUAUUUUAGGAGUUAUUUAAGGUAGAGCUGAUAUUAAUUCUUCAUAGAAGAGCGCGAUUAUUGCCUAAAAGUCUAGGUUGUCCGUCUCUACGUCCAAGUAGUUUUGAAGUGCCUGUCUUGAGUCGCAGUGAAAGGGACGUCAUCUCUCCGUUUCAGCCAAAGACCUGGGAAAUGUUGCAAUAGUCAGAAACUUGUGCAUGUUGCAUCAAAUUUCUAAAGGUAGAGAUUCAAAGUUAUGCACUGAAGUUUUCUGUUUUACUGUGCUGUUUUUUUUAUGUGUUCAUGUUCUGUUUGCAUGGAUUGCUUUGUAUAUCUCACAACUGAUUCUUUGAUGUACAUGAACUUUUUACGUAUAGGUAUUUUGUUUGCUUUUUUUUUUUAGGGUUUUAAUGUGCAAGAUGGGCAUUAAAAGGUGGCAAAAUGUUUAAUUUAGCAAUCUUUUUGAGAAGCAAUAAGCAUUGUGUGUCGGUAAAGCCAUCCUCGCUGUUGCAGCCAAGCUCUGAACAGCCCCUUCAGCCUAAAACCUGUCAGAAAAUCCAGUCACACCUGCCGGGAUUAACGCUGCAUAUCACCACAAAUUCCGACAGUACCUCCCACACCUGUUUCCUGGCUUCCGCCAACUCCCGCUUGUAUUUUGUCUUUGUUAUUUUUUUUUUCUUGUUUUAGUUUACAGGAAUGUGCCGUUAAGAUUAGUUGAAUUCUGACCUCAAACACUUGAGAUUUUUGUGAAGGUGUUUCACUUUUUGUUUCUUUUUUUUUCAAAUGUCCACAAACUCGGAUAUAUGUCGCCUGUUUUACUGUGUUGCAAAGUUUUGCAGGUACAAUAAAUAUAUCUGUAUUUAUG